GCUCCAUCAUCUACGUUUACAUACAACAAAUUCUCAAGGCUGCGUUUUCAAGCGUCUAUUCCUCUGUUCUUUGCCCCCUUGUCCCGUCUUCGCUCUCCGUUUCGCUCUUGUGAUUCUGCACUGGUCAGAGGCUGUUUUCUGCGGUCCAAACGCGUUUUUUUGCCGCAGAAGAUAAUGUUGGCUUCGCCACUUUACCCCACAUCACCCUUUUCUCAGCAGCCUCCAGAAGAUUCCACACAAUAUCGACCUGUUAGAGACUUGGAAGCUUUCAAUAGCCUUCUUCCACCCCCAAUCGAGUUUGUAGAGGGAUCAUCAUCGGGCACCCUCGCUAUAGCAGAAGGAAAAUAUGAAGCUAUCAAUGCCACUCCCAAGGCCACUACAAAAAACCUUCCUCGUGAAAAUGGAAAAGCCUCUACCUCCACUAUGGUAAAAUCUCAAAAAUCACCUGUAACACCCUCCUCUGGUCAGAAAAAACAACCUCAACUCUAUAACGGUGUUUUGGAUUUGUCAUGGCCUUCAGGUUGCUCUGUUGGCAGUGGUCUCCACAACACUGGCAACACCUGUUUUCUGAACAGUGCUUUACAAUGUCUCUUGCACACUCCCCCUCUUCUUCAUAUCAUCAGUGCGCACUCAAAAGCCGAUCCAUGUCGAGUAAAAACUGGAUUUUGCAUGUCGUGUAACUUAAGACAAGUGGCGGUGGAGGCCCAUGCAACAAAGCGCGCUUUCGUGCCCUAUCCAAUAACUACGAAACUUCAGACUAUUGCCAAGCACAUGAAGAGAGGAAGGCAAGAGGAUUCUCACGAGUUUCUUCGUUAUGCUAUAGACGCCCUCCAAAAAUCAUGCCUAGCAGGCUAUCCACCAAAACUUGAUCCCAAAGUAGCAGAGACGACUUGGGUUCACCGAAUAUUCGGUGGACACCUACGCUCACGUGUCACCUGUCGCGAAUGUCAGCAUAACAG